GAGUUCCGAACCUGGCUAGUUGAAGAGCGGCACAUCAACCCAGAGACGAUCAGCAAAUCCGAGGAAAAGAAACAGAUUUCCACCUUUGUCGAGGACUACAACACCGCCACGUUUCCUCAAGAUAAAUACUAUAACUUGGAAGCGCACGAACGCCGCAUGGCUAUGAUCCGCGCGGGCGAGACGCUGCCGGACACUGGUGGCUACGACCCUCUCGCAGACGAAAAGGCGCUGGCGGCGCAGCAGCGCAGCGCGAGGAGCACAGCCGCCUCCGCGGCUCCGGCGACGCACAUGACCAAAGCCCAGCUGGAAGAAUUGAGGCGCGUGCAGAAUGAACGCAUCGAGGCGGGCAAGAUGAAGCAGCUCGGGAUGCAGGUCAAGUCGAAUGCGGGAGUCAGGAUGGACGAGCGUUUGCGCUGA